AUUUGUUGUCUCCUCAGAAAUAGUUAUAAUCUGUUCUCACUGGCAAUGAUAUUAAUAGUUAAAACAUGGCGGUUUAGUAUGCAGUAGUUUGACAUUUUCUAUCUUUGUUGAAAUUUAUACAAAAUUAUCCAUUCAGCUCGCAAUAUUCCAGGAAAAUCCAUUCUAGUCAUUUUGGUGAAAAGUUAAUCAAAUGGUAUUUUAUUCCUAUUUUGCUUAUUAUGCUAAUUGAAAAUGAUAUCUUUAUCAAAGAAAGUGAAAAAAGAAACAGGAAACAACAACAAUCAUAUGGCAAAACCAAAUCCCCGUGUUUCAAUUAGAGAUAAGCUGCUUAUUAAAGAAGUGCAAGAGUUGGAAUCGAACUUGCCAAGUUCUUGUAAAACGCAUUUUCCUAAUCCAAAUGAACUUCAUAGGAUAGAACUAACUAUUUGUCCUGACGAAGGAUAUUGGUGUGGUGGAAAGUUUAAAUUUAUAAUUGAAGUGCCGGAUGAAUAUAAUAUGGUGCCACCUAAAGUGAAAUGUCUUACUCGCUUAUGGCAUCCAAAUAUAAAUGAAGAAGGUGCUAUAUGUCUAAGCUUAUUGAGGCAAAGUUCUAUUGAUGGACUAGGUUGGGCUCCUACUAGAAGACUGAAAGAUGUAGUGUGGGGUUUGAAUUCUUUGUUUACUGAUCUUUUGAAUUUUGAGGAUCCAUUAAAUGGUGAGGCAGCUGAACACUUUAUUAGAGACAAGGAAGGUUUUAAGGCAAAAGUGCGCGACUUUGUUGUACACUAUGCAAAGAGAUGAGUUUGUAUUUUAGCUUCUUCAUGUAAAUAUUGUUUUGUAUUAAAGAUUGUCAUCAAUGAGAGUGAUCAUCAUGCGCAUUGUCAUCAAAUAUCUUCAUCAUCAUAAUGAAUAAACUGUGAAUUUCCUUAUUACUUCAUCUGUUUUAAUACUUUUUUGUUAUGUGCUUUAUACUGAUUGGUGCAAACUAUUUCUCUUCAAGGUAUAACUGUAAAAAGUAUUCUGUUCCAAUUUAUCAAUGUAAAUUUCAAAUAAAACAAUCAAUAAAAAUCAUUUUCUGUGAUGUUUUAACAAUAAUGUAUGUAAACUUUAGUUUCGUUUGCAUCAUAUUCUGUAUUUUUUUCCCUCAAAAAUAAAAUCUU